AUGUUUUCUAUCGCGAUUAUCUUUGUAACUCUUCUCAUUCCUUCUAUUGAAUCAUCGAAACCCACGCUGAAAUUAACCUUUACUCCCGAUGAAAAAUAUUAUCAACCUGAUAAUCAAGUUGAAAUUCUUUGUGAAUUAAUUAAUCCAACUGAUCUUACUGAAUCUCCUCAAUUAUGGCAUGUCGAUUUGAAAACUGGCAAACAUACGCCCAUCUCGCGUUCCUUAUUGAAUCGACCAACUGAAGAUAGUUUAGAUUAUUUCAAACAGAUCAAAAAACCUCGAUUGGAGUAUGUUAAAAAGAAUCAUCUACGCAUUCGACAAAUUAUGAACGAGGAUACUGCCCGAUACGAAUGCAAUUGUCCCGAUUGCGAAGAAAGCUUAGGCAAACAGGCAAGAGAUCUUCAAGUUGUUCAGACAUCGGAACUCAAAUGGCAAGUUGGACCUGGCUGGCCGAUACAAGAACAUGCCACAAUAACGAUUAAGUGUACGGCUGAUAAUUUCUAUCCUUAUGUCAGUCAUAAGAUUCUUCGUAAUCAUCAUGACAUUACUAGUAAAGGCAAAGCUACGCUUCCAACGACCAACACAUAUCCUCAAACAUUUUCUUGGGAAGACUCAGUUACGCCAUCCGCCGACUGGCACAAUACAACACUACGUUGUACUGUAACUCAAGGUAAUCAUGAAAAACAUGCAAUAAAAGUACUCAAUGUUAUAUUCACUCCACGUUUUCUAACGUGUAGCGAUAAACAAACUGUUAACUCGUCGAAAGAGAAGUCGACUAUUGAAUGCUCAUAUGCUGGCAAUCCCAAACCGACAUUAACAUGGGCUCGGCAAACUGAUGACAAAUCGAUUACGACAGAUACAGGUAUAACUAUCAAAGAAAUCGAUGAACACCACGGUAAAUAUAAAAGUAUUGUAACAUUUGAACGUGACAAAUUAAUUGCUAUCCCGCUAACGACAACUACACGAGCGCCGGGUGCGCCAACCGAUGCAACACCACAAGCUAAAGUCGUUGCCGACAAUUACUAUCAACAAUUAUUAAAUGGUGGCUUUAUUGCCAAACUCUUCAUCGAUAACGAACAAAAAGCUGCGCAAAAGAUCCAUAUUGUUAAAGACGCAAGUCAAGCACGAUCAAAUUCACUUGGUGGUUCAGCACAAAGACUUGUACAGAACUUCUCAACAUCUAUGGUUAUCGUGCUUUUAUUUACAAUUCUCCGAUAUAUGAUGCAAAACAAUUAG